CGUGCAAGAAUACCUCCGUCAUGUUGGCCUUGCCGUCGUAGAAAAUUGAAGUGCGAUCGGGGCCUACCUGCAUGUUCCAAUUGCGUCCACAGAGGAAAUAUCACUGCCUGCCAGUACGCUUCUGCCCGCCCGAGCACCCCGACACGGCAAUCUUCGUCACCAAGCACUAGCGAUGUUGUGCCACCUGAGGUUCUCGGACCUGCGUUGAACAAGCUUGCCAACCUUGAGCGAAUCGUACUAGAGCUCGUCAGCAAUCAGAAACCCCGAGACGAGGGCAGGGACGAGCAAGACACGCAUAGUAGCGCCUUACCAGCCGUCCAGCACUGGACACGACAGUCGGUGGACGAAGCUCGUUGGGAUUCAGUCUUUCAUGAUAUCCAGGAGGUUCGUGCGUACCUUCACGCACAGCAUGAACGAUAUGAGGAGAACAACAAAGCAACUUUGCCACUCCUACCGUUCUCAGAGGAUCCCGCACCUACACUACUGCUUGGCUCUAGUAGAAAUGCCAGCAGAGCAGAAAUCGUUCUGGGUCUACCUUCGAAAGAGUCUUGCGACGUGAUGAUUGCAAGGUUCUUCUCGCAUCUAUAUCCGCCUCUCUACAUUCUCCACGAACUGAGCUUUCGAAACCAGUAUGAGCAUUUUUGGCAAGAUCCUGAUAGCACGACGACCGUCUGGAUUGCUGUUUUGUUUGCCAUCUUGCGAAUCGCUAGCCUUGAUUACCUGCGCGAAGAUGACGAGCCUACACAUUUCAAAGGGAAAUGCCAGGGCCUUGCCGUCGCCUAUCGCCAGCGUUUGGCUGACUGCUUGGUCCAUGCGGACUAUCUGCAGCCCCACGAGUUCCUCAUCGAGGCACUCAUACUACACCAGUACGGAGAAUAUGUCUCUAGCAGAGAUGCAAAGUCCAGUAUAUGGGUGCUUACCGGGACUAUCAUUCGACUGGCGAUGAGAAUGGGCUAUCAUCAAUCGUCACAACCUACUUUAUGCCAGUCACCAUUCAAGGCGGAGAUGCGGCGAAGGGCAUGGGCAUACCUGCGACAAUCAGAUAUCAUGAUGUCGUUCCAGAUGGGCCUACCAUCAAUGGUUGACUUACACAGCCAGCCAAUCGACUUACCACGCAAUAUGCACGACGACGAUACUUUCCACGAAGGUUGCUCCACGCUGGCUCCCGUGCAGCCUGAUUCGGAACCGACUAAGAUCUCCUAUCUCAUUGCAAAGACUAAAUUGGCUUUUGGAUUCGCCCAGGCACUUGUUGAAGUCAACCGCAAGCCCAGUAUCGACUGCCAGAGACUGUUGGAGAUAGACCGCGAGCUGAGACAGACGUACGAGGCUGUUCCUGAAUACUACAAACUCGGCCGAUUGCAGAGUCAGGACUCAUUUGUACUCUGCUCUGCUCGCUUCAGCCUCGCUGCAAUCCAUUACAAGUCUCUGUGUGUCAUUCACAGCCACUUUAUCGGCCGAGAGACGAAAGACAGCAAACAUUUGUACUCUACAAAAGUGUGUCUGACCUCUGCACUUUCAAUACUUCGGAUGCAGGCCACUCAAGAUCAAGUCCUUUCCAUCGAUGGGCGUUUCGGGAAACUCACCAACUACCAAACUUCCUUGGCGAUACACGACUACCUGCUGGCCGCAGCUAUAAUCAGCACCUAUCUAUUCUUCAACUUAGGCCUGGGUGGAACUUCUACACCACGAACGUCCAAGACCAGCACUAGCUCCCAAGGUCUACCGUCAAACAUGGAAAUGAUCAAAGCUUUAGGGAACAGUGCAAGGAUUUUCCACUCCACGCGAGACCAGAGUGUGGACGCCUGGAAAGCUGCCGAUGUGCUUGGUGUAAUCUCGAAAAGA